AUGGCUCAGCUGGUCUCACUUCCUGGAGGGAUUCUGGACAUGGCCUGUGUCCUGCUUCUGCUGCUGCCAGCAGCCUGCCUGCAAGCUGGGAACACAGCAGGAUCCUACAGAGAAAGGCCGUAUGGAUUUGAUCAACCAACACACGUCUCUGGUGUCCAGGGCGGCUCCAUCGAGAUCCCCUUCACCUUCUACUUCCCCUGGAAGUUGGCAAAGAAUCCACAGAUGAGGAUUUUCUGGAGAUGGAAGCAGUACCAUGGGGAAUUUAUCUAUGACUCUUCCUCUGGCUUUAUACAUAAGCAUUUCAAGGACCGGAUCUUCCUGAACUGGACACAGCCUCAGACAUCCGGAGUCCUCACAAUCCUGGACUUGAAGGAGGAAGAUCAGGCAGUGUACUUCUGCCGAGUUUUUAUGAAUGUGGAAAAGGAAGACAAAAAACCGGAGAUUUUUCAGUCGAUCAAAGGGACCCACCUCACCAUCACUCAAGAAGAGCACAUCCCAGCAGUCAGCACCACCAUGCAGAGCCCCUCCAUCAUCACCUCUGCAGUCACCACGGCUGGACUGGAGGACACAGAGGGCCAGAGGAAUCCUUCACUUGUGAACAUGGGAGCCAUUGUUGGGGUGGUGGUGGCCACGGCUGUGCUCAUAACCCCCGUCUAUGUGAUGCUGAUCUUCCUCUGGUGGAAGACAAGGCCAGCAGACUAA